ACUCCCCUACUCCCCUACUCCCCUUUCCCCCAUUCUCUCUCUCUGACAAACGAUCAAGAACAUGGUCGCAAACUAACCUUCCCCUUCCCAAAACGCUUCCCCAGAGUCGGAACGUCGCUUCAAACUGCUCAUGGACUUCUAUUUGCUCCGCGCCCUUUCGCGACUGCGUUGAGGAACAUUGGUCUUCCAAGGCCAUUGUCUCCUUCGCCGGCCGCGAUCACCCCUUGCGACAGCAUGGGCCGAACACCGCCUCGUGAGAAUGCCUACCCCCAGGCCCCUACCGAGGCCUUUGCCGCGCCUUUUGGCUCCUCGGCUCCUCCCCCAAAGCGAUUCCUCAAGCGGUACAGGACUGAGAUCGCGGCGAGCAGCAGCAGCGUCCUGUCCACCUUCCUCUCUUUCCCGCUGGACUCGGUGAAGACGCGGAUGCAGACAUACAGAUACAACAGCUUCCUCGACUGCGUUCACAAAACCUACCAGACGGAGAGACUGAGGGGCUUCUUUCGAGGUGUCACGGCUCCUGUCGCGUCUAUUACGUUUGUACGGACGGUGUCGAUGUCCGUGUACCAGAGGUCGAAAUAUACAUACUCCGGUUGGAUGAAGCGCAACUUUGGGGUGGACCCUAUGAGCCGCAUCAACACUCCUGGGAACUACCCCAGCUUCUCGACAGUGGCAUGCGUCGGAGCGGCAGGUGCAACAGCUGGCUCUUUUAUUACAAUAGUUGCCUGUCCGUUCGAGUUGACCAAAUUAAGUGCUCAGGUCUCGGUAUUGAUGGCUGGCAAGAACAUCACCAGCUCCCUCACAGACCCAACUGGAAGUAGCAAUACUGCAUCCGUCAAUACCAUUGCUGCCAGUUAUCAGAAUAAAGGAACAUGGAGCACUGCGAAACACAUUGUCAAGACACGUGGCAUUGGGGGUCUAUAUUCGGGGUUCAGCCUCCACCUCCUCCGAGAUACUCUAGGCACGGCAAUCUACUUUAUGACCUACGAGAGCGUCAAACAGGUCCUACUAACCUACCGUGGUGACAACACCACCACCUCACCAGUAGCGGUAGCCGGCGCGGGAGGUCUCUGCGGAGUAGUAAGCUGGGCUCUGAUCUACCCCAUCGACUCGGCAAAGAGCAUAUAUCAACGCAACUGUCUCAUGCACCAGAAAGGCAACGCCAUGAAACCCAAGAUCCAAUUCUCCAAUAAACGAAUGUACAGGGGGAUAGGGGUUUCCAUGAGCCGCUCCGCCAUUGUAAAUGCGAUCUUCUUCUCGGUAUUUGAGUUCUUAAAGAAGCACAUCAAUGCACUUGAAGACAAGUGAUGCGCAUUGUCGGGGGAGUUUGCUAGCAUAUGUCACGAUGAGCAUGGGCCGGGUGUUUGAUUCCCUGGGUGGCUCCCGUGUACAUUAGUUUAGUAGUACAGUACAUGCCUGGUCUAUAGCGAAAGCGCCAUAGCAGUAUAGCUAAAUAUCAAAC